AUGGAGGAUCGGUUCAACACACCCACCACUAACGUUAUAGAACUCGAGGCCAUGGGACAUCGGCUUCGGGUCACCCAGGAUCCCAAUUCCAAGCACGUGGGCACGACUGUGUGGGAUUCCAGCAUUGUCGUCCUCAAAUACUUGGAGCGGCACAGCAACAAGGGGGAGUUUUCUCGGGCGAAGCUCAAGGGGAAGCGGGCCAUAGAGCUGGGGGCUGGCUGCGGCCUUGCUGGCCUGGGUGAGCUCGCAUGGGAGGAGCCGUGGAGCAACACGGGGGAGUUUUCUCGGGCGAAGCUCAAGGGUAAGCGGGCCAUAGAGCUGGGGGCUGGCUGCGGUCUCGCUGGACUGGGGGUGAGCUCGCAUGGGAGGAGCCGUGGUGAUGUGUGGAGGCACAGCAACAAGGGGGAGUUCUCCCGGGCGAAGCUCAAGGGAAAGCGGGCCAUAGAGCUGGGAGCUGGCUGCGGCCUUGCUAGCUUGGGUGAGCUUGCAUGGGAGGAGAGCAACAAGGGGGAGUUCUCCCGGGCGAAGCUCAACGGGAAGCGGGCCAUAGAGCUGGGCCUCGCUGGCUUGGAUGAGCUUGCAUGGGAGGAGCCGUGGAGGCACAGCAACAAGGGGGAGUUCUCCCGGGCGAAGCUCAAGGGAAAGCGGGCCAUAGAGCUGGGAGCUGGCUGCGGCCUUGCUAGCUUGGGGUUUGCGCUGCUGGGGUGUGACGUGGUGCUGACAGACGAAGCGCUGGUGCUGCCUCUUCUCUUCCGCAACGUGACCCGCCUGCAGUCCCAGGCCGCCAUGGACGCUGCUGCUGACUCCUUCCUCGGCAGUGUGGGGUCAGUGGAGGUAGCAGAGCUAUGGUGGGGCAACGCACAUCACAUAGCCCAAGUCGGCCCUCCCUUUGACACCAUUGUUGCCACUGACGUGGUGUACAUAGAAGACUCUGUCCCGGCUCUCCUUGCAACCAUGCUUGCCCUCUCUCACCCCCGCACCCCCAUUCUCUAUUAUCUCCCAGCAACCUCUCUUCCACUCUUCUGUUCCCCUUUUGUCAUUCUCUCUCCUCCCACUUCUCCCUUCGCUCCAUCCCGUCCACUCUCCUCCUCGCGUGCCCUCCUUUUCUUUCUCUGCACUCGAGUACGAAUGAAGCACGUCUGCCUGCUUCCUUGCCUGCAUUCUUGCAUCCACAGUGCUUGUUUGCUGGUGUGCUUCCUUCCUUCCUUGCUUGCGUGCGUGCGUGCAUGUGUGCAGCUGGGAUACGAGUUUCGCUCGGCCACAGUGCAUGAUCGCCUGCAUGCAUACGCGAAGCAGAUGUUCGACGUCAAGAAGGUCCCUGCUACAAAGGUGAGCUUUGACUUGUAG